UGGUAGUUCAUAUCAGAAAAAUAUUUCAGUUUAAAACUCCUCUUGCUGCUGCAUUUCCUUCUCUUUCUCUAUCAGUGGUAUCAGAGCAGGCACAAUGAAUGGUCCUAUUCAGAUUUCAGUUCCUGUUUUGGAUGGCAAAAAUUACAACCGGUGGUGUGUGCAAAUGAGGGUGCUUUUUGAUUACCAUGAAUUGCUAAGUGUCGUGGAAAAUGGAGUUGCUGAAAUUGCAGAAAAUGCUAAUGAUGCCCAAAAGCAUGCCUACCGUGAGAGUAAGAAAAAGGACAAGAAGGCAUUAUAUUUCAUCCAUCAAGGGGUGAAUGAUGAAGUGUUUGAGAAGAUUGAAGAUGCAGCUACAUCAAAGCAAGCAUGGGAUACCCUGAUGACAGCAUACAAAGGUGCGGAGAAAGUCAAGAAGGUAAAGCUCCAAACCUUAAGACGUCAAUAUGAGCUCCUACAAAUGGAGUUUUCUGAACCUGUUGCGACUUAUAUAAAUCGAGUUCUUGCUUUGACAAACAAAAGUAAAGUAUAUGGAGAGGAGUACAGCGAGCAGGUCAAAGUGGAGAAAAUUUUGCGGACACUCACACCAAAAUUUGAGCACAUUGUGGCAGCAAUAGAAGAAGCCCAUGAUUUGUCCCAGAUGACUAUUGAUGAGUUGUCAGGUUCAUUAGAAGCACAUGAGCAAAGAAUGAAUGGGAAGCAAAUAGAGAAGCCGAUUGAGCAAGCCUUCCAAAGCGAAGUCUCUAUCAAAGGUGAUCAAGGUGGUGAAACCAGUCAAAAGCAUGGUGGUUCUCGUGGAAGAGGACGAGGACGUGGUUUCUACUUCAACAAAGGUCGUGGAGUAGGAGGCAAUGACCAAGGAAAAUCAAACUUUGGCUAUCAGCAAAAUUCAAGAGGCCAUGGUCGUGACCGUGGUCGUGGACGUGGCAGAGGAAGGUAUGACAAAUCCAAUGUUGAAUGUUACAAUUGUCAUAAAUAUGGCCAUUAUUCCAGUGAGUGCAGAUACAAGGAUAAUACUCAAAAGGCUCAUUGUGUACAAGGAGAUGAUGAUGUUGACAGUAGCCAUGCUCUCCUGAUGGUCACUGCUAUUGGUGAAACACCAAACUUUCACACAUGGUUCCUUGACACUGGUUGUACUAAUCACAUGAGUGGCAAAAGGGAGCUAUUUGCUGAUCUUGAUGAGUCCUUUUGCACAAAAGUGAAAUUUGCUGAUGAUAGAACUAUACCAGUAACUGGAAAAGGAAGAAUUCUCAUCAACUUGAAGAAUGGAGAUCACAAGUACAUUUUAGAUGUGUUCUAUGUUCCAGGCAUGAAGAGCAAUUUGCUAAGUGUGGGUCAAUUGCUUGAAAAGGGGUAUGUUAUGAGCCUGCGUGAUGAUCAAUUCUCCAUUCUAGAUAAGCAAGGCUACUCAGAUAGUGACUGGGCUGGAGAUCUAGAUGAUCGGAAAAGCACCUCUGGAUACUAUUUCAAUUUUGGUGCUACCAGUUUCUCUUGGUCAUCUAAAAAGCAAUCUGUUGUUGCUCUAUCAACCUGUGAAGCAGAGUAUGUUGCUGUAGCAUCAAGUGCAUGUCAGGCAAUCUGGUUGCUCAAUUUAAUGAACCAGAUUUAUGCUCCAAUGAAGGGACCAAUGAAGAUUUUUGUUGAUAAUGUUUCUGCAAUAGACUUGGCAAAGAAUCCUAUCACACAUGGAAGAAGCAAACACAUCGAUGUUUGAUUUCAUUUCUUGAGAGAUCAAGUUGGCAAGAAAGCAAUUGAGCUGGUUUACUGCAAAUCGGAAAACCAAGUAGCAGAUAUCCUCACCAAACCUUUGAAGUUUGAAGCUUUUAUCAAAUUAAGGAGUAUGCUUGGAAUGACUACUUUGUCGGAUCAGGAUUAAGGGGGAAUUGUUGGUUUGAUAAUCUUGAUCCCAUUGUUGUUUUAUUGUCACCUAUUAUCUAGGAACCAGUUUGUUUAUUAGCUACUCUUUAGGACUUAGUGCAGGACGUGUCAAUCUGCAUGUUAUCCAUGUGGCCUUGUUUUUAGGAGUUAGUUGCUAUUUAUUUGGUUGUAUUGUUGAUGUCUUCUGCCUAUAUAAAGGCUGUUAUCAGUGAAAUAAAAUGGUAGUUCAUAU